UAGAAACGCAACCCGUUCUGACUGUCUGACUGACUAUCACAGUCCUGGAGCAGAGCUCCUCAUUCCCCAAGCCCUCUUUAAUUUCAAGCCUGCCACACUGAUGGGCUUCCAUUAGGCCAUUUGUAUUUGGGGACUCAUCAUCAAAAUGUUUUUCUUCUGUUCUCAGUCUAAAUUACCCUGGGAGAUGUUUGCUCGUUCUCAGUGUCAGUGACCGUAGUGCAGCUCAGCAAAAAAGUAACUUGACUUUUUUUUGGUGAAAGACCUGCCAGUUUAUCACGACAUGGCGGUAAUUAACUCCUCUAUAUUUGUCAGACUCUCUGCAGUUGACUUAAGUUAUGAGCUUUGGGGCUAUUAAGCAGCUGCCAGUAUAAUUACUAUGAAAGCUAAUCCAUAGUUGUCUCCUCACCUUAUUAUCCAGGCCAGACGAGUUUACAGCUGUCAGUCAUUCUAUGGAACUAAUACAGACUCAUUAUAGACCCAGAUGGAAGUCCACAAUUUUCCUCUUCCUGCAUAAUUAUGUAUUUGAGUGUCUGAGUGGAUACUCACAUGUGGCAUCUGAAUCUGCCCAUUACAUCAGCUCCUUCUGUUGUGACAGUACUUUUAAUGUUAGUCUACUCAAGGUGAUGAGGUUUCUCAAAGAGUUUCUCUCUGAUAGCCUGAGUGUGUUGGCCUGCUGUCAUGUCAGGUGCGGACCCUCGUGCUCGCUCAAGUGGCACGCGGCUUCUUGCCGGACUGCAAGGGGCUGUGUCUUGACGGAGAGCGUUGAUCCGAGGCUUAAAUCUUCCAUUUUGUCUUUAAUGCCGAACGAGCCUUGUCAUGAGACUAUGAUGAUGGAAGCAGUUGCCGUUCAGCUACCCCAUGGGCCAUUUUCCUGAUUUAUUGCCUUUUCUAUGAACAUGCUGAAGUUACACCACAUCAAAUGAUAGGUGAUUUCCUCCUUUUCCCUCCUACUGCCACCAACUGUAGUUUGAUAUGGCAGCCAUUCCCUUAAAGCUCAAGCUCUCUUGAAAAUUCAGUCACCCCUCUCCUUGAUCAUGGCUAUUAUUCACUUUCCGUCCCUAGGAAGACGUAUUCCACCCCGAGUUGGCUCAUGAAACAGUACAUUUCACCUCCUUUUUGAGUGCUCCAUAAUUCUCACUUUCUUUUUCAUAUCCAUAAUUCUUUCAUUUUCUCAGAGACGCUUUAGUCAGAGCUUGGGGAGACCGAUCCAGGUCCUCCAUGCUGCUUCAGUAGGACACCGGGCCAAUCUCCAGGAAAACCUCGUAACUCAAAAUGUCGCCUGUCAUGUUUUCCCCACCAGUUUUUGAGCUGUGAUGGGUCGUGACAGCCGUGGAGGAUGGUUAAUAAUGCAGCCGAGCUGUCGCUCCCGGGAACUCUGGGCUGGAAUAUUUCCAAUGAAGGACCGUAGCGCUGGACCCAUCCCACGCACAGAGAUGCAUCACUGGGCAAAGUGAACAGCUGGACCUCUCUGGACCUCCACACGACACAUCUGCCACCUAAGUUCAGAGGAGGCUCAAAAACAACCUUUGCCCAGGUGCAUUUUGGGUAGCACCAAGCAGUUUAUUAAGGCAUAAACAGACCCUGCAGCGUCAGUGCAUGCCAGUGGUGUGUGAGAGAAUUCAGUGCUAUUUUAGUGUGUGACCGGACUCAGUCAGGCAUGGUGCCCCAGCGAACCUCCUCGAGGACUAACUUUGUGCGCGGCAGAGAGCUCGCUGUGACGACGGGUUAUCACAAGAUUCCAGCGCACGUUGCUCUCAUGGCUCUGCUUACACUGCUCCUGUUGUUUCCCCAACGUUUGUUUAUUCAUUUAUUUAUUCAUUUAUUUAUUUAUUUAUUUAUUAUUUCCCAAGACCCUGUGGAUGAAGAGCAGAAGCCACAUGUGUCUUAGCGAUUCCCAAGGGCGGUAUUUAAUGCCACCUUUAUGAGUCAUAUAAAGGCUAAUCCAUCAGAUUAUGCCGUCCCCCCCUCUCUGUGGCCCCUUUCCUAUGACACCCGAAAGUCUGUAGUGAUUCAUCGCUCCAAAUUCACCUUGGACGAGAUCCUUGAGUCGUAUCUUACCUUGAUGUCUGAAUCUAUUCAUUUAAAGGGCCCAUAAAGGCUGCAGACGAUUCAAUAUUGAUUUAUGGCUGGGAGAGGUAUGUGCGCCUGAUGGAUGUGGUAAGGUCACAGUCCUAAUAUAAGCAGUAGAGGCCCACCACACUCUGUGGUUCAUAUGGUAGCAUGUCGGCCCCUGUCGAGAGGGAACGUGCAUUCUCGCCAUAUUAGAUGAUGUUCCUCUAGUCAUUGGAUUUCCAGCUGUCAUGUGUAUGUGUACACGUGCACUAAAUGUGUGUCUGUGUGUAUGCAUGCGUGUCUGUGUGUGUAUGUUUCUGGAGUAACGUAAUGCACAGUUACCAUAUGGGUGUCUGCCAGACUUGGCAUGUCCACUUCACAUUAUACUGAUUGCAUACAGUGUACAUUUUGAAUGCACUGACCAGAACAGUCAAUGCUUUUAUACGUUUUACUGUACUGUUAUUGAGUUCAUUCAGUUGCUGCGCCAUUCUGGUAGCUCACAAUGUGACUCCCUGGGUGAUAAGUUGUUGUGGCUGCUUCUGUGCGGUGAAUACAAUUAGCGCAGACAACAAGAGGAUAGGCAGCGUGCCGCUGAAAUCCACUUAAUCCCUCUUGUACUCCCCUGCCUAAUUCCAGCACUUCCCAGCACCUACAGGCAACGAUUGCCUUCGCUUAUGUGUGCAAAGCCGUAAUUGGGGGGGACGUGUAAUUUAUUGGCUGCGAUAAUCCUGAAUAUGCCGUGCAGCUCGCAGGGAUGCCGUUGGAAUGUGUUCCUGUUGCUGGAGUCUAGAAAUAAUGGCGUGCUCCUCCAGGGGUAAAUUUGAGUCACAGCAUUACUGCAUGCUGGCCAUUUGUUCAUACGUUUAUCUCGUGAUGCCGCACGUCCAGAGUUGUUUUUCAGGCUCGUGUACGGUUGUCUUUCCCGGCUGUUAAUGGAAACGGUGAAGGGUGCUUGACGUUUAUGGGGCGCUUCGUGUUGCUUGCUGACUGAAUGCAAUUCCUCUGCUGUGGCGGCUGCCAUUGUGCGUGUCAGGGUGCUGUGGAAGAGGGCUCAAAUGUCUGCACUCAACAAAACAGCCGCGGUGUUGACAAACAAACAAGCUGCAAGGGGCCUCCAAGUGCAGGACUUCAGAUGAAGGAGUGCAGUGCAAGUAGAGAGGCUCUACUCUUCCUCCUCUCCUCUCUCUACCACCCUUAUCUUUCCUCCCGUUCCCCCAAUUCAACUCGUGCUUUUCUCUCUCAAACAAGAGCCUGCUUUUUAAGCACCUUUUUAAAAAAAAGGCCAAUCUGCUCUCUCCUACCCUCUGUGAAGACACGUUUGUCUUCUCCCAGCCAAUGCCAGCUGUGUGUGCGCUUCUGCCAGUGCCACUGCCACUGCUGUUACCGCCGCUGCAGUCGUUUUUAUUUAUAGCAAAAGUUUGCGAGAACGGAGCAGGAAGGGGAGGGUGUUAGGGGUGGCAAUGGUGGGUGUGUGUGUGUGUGUGUGUGUGUGUGUGUGGCGGAGAGCGAGUUAGAGUUGGAGUCUCAGGGCUCUUGUGAUCAGAGCAUAUGACUUUGGAGCCAGCAGCCCCUUCAGCGACAUCUCGGGAGCCUACUGAAGAGAUCCAGGAAGGGAGAACGCUGUGUGUGUGUGUGUGUGUGUGUGUGUGUGUGUGUGUGCGAGAGAGAGAGAGAGAGUGGGGCAAGUGAACGCUGGAGAUCUGUGUAGGAGACAAAAGCAUCAGCAGGAGAGAGACAGAGAGGAAGAAAGAGAGACAGAGAGCCAUGCUGAAGUUCAGCACCACCCACAUCUCAAGUCACAAUGAGCGGAAGGUGACCUGCAAGCAUCCUGUCUCUGGCAUCCCUUCCCAAGACAACUGCAUCUUUGUUGUCAACGAACACGUGAAUUGUGGAAAGCUUGUCCACCCUGUUGUAAACAGACCAGCGCAGAACGCGCCCACGAGCACUGAGAAAAAGGAGCGGCCCACGAGCACCAUGAGCGAAGCGUCAAACUACACGGGCGGCUCGGACUACACCACCUACGCAGGCAGCCCGGUUGCCAGACAAUCAAGGCCCUCCAAGAAAGUCCACAAUUUCGGAAAGAGGUCAAACUCCAUAAGGAGGAACCCAAAUGCUCCAGUAGUCAAAAGCAGCUGGCUUUACAAACAGGACAGCACGGGAAUGAAGAUGUGGAAGAAGAGGUGGUUCGUGCUGUCGGACAUGUGUCUGUUCUACUACAAAGAUGACAAAGAAGAAUGCAUCCUUGGAAGUAUCCUCCUGCCGAGCUUUCACAUAUCCUUGCUGUCCGUGGACGACCACAUAAGCAGGAAAUACGCCUUUAAGGCGACGCACCCCAACAUGCGGACGUACUACUUCAGCACAGACAACGCCAAAGACAUGGAGUCCUGGAUGAAGGUGAUGACGGAUGCUGCGCUGGUCCACACGGAGCCGGCCAUCACUAGGCUGGAUAAGUCGAAGGGCGACUAUCAGAGCCCUCAGGAGAUGAACAACAUGCUGAACCACCGGGUCCUGACCCGGCCCGAGAUCCAGAACAACGAGCGCAACCGGGAUCCGUCCCGCUCGGAGGAGAAGAAGCCCAAGGUUCUGGAGAAGCCCGGCAAGCAGAAGGAGCACAGCCACCGCUGCACCUUGCAGCGAGACGGCGACAGGUACACGCUGCAAAAAGACGGAGAGAGAUACACCCUGCAAAAAGACGGAGACAGGUACUCCCUCCAGAAGGAUGGAGAACGCUACUGCCUGCAGAAGGAAGGAGAGAGGUACACACUUCAGAAGGACAGCGACAGACAUGCUCUGCAGAAAGAGGAAGAGAUGUACGCUCUCACGAAAGACGCAGAGCAAUAUGCACUCCAGAAAGAAGCAGACAAUUACGCUACACACAAGGAGAUCGAGAAAUAUGUCCUCCAGAAAGAUGGAGAGAGACACACCCUUAUGAAAGACAGUAGAUACGCCGUGCAGAAAGACGGACAAGUGUACGCUUUGCAGAAGGAUGGGCAGCUGUACGCCUUGCAGAAGGAUGGGGAGAGACUGACCUUACAGAAGGAUACUGAGAGAUACAUGGUCCACAAGGAUGCAGAGAGACACACACUCCACAAAGACUCAAAGAGGUACGCUUUGCCGAAGGACACGGAGACUUACGUCUCUCAGAAGGACAUCGAGAGGUACCCCCUGCAGAAGGAAGGCGAGAAGCUGGUGUCGCCGCGGGAUGGUGAGCGACCGGGCGCCCAGCGUGACAGCGAGCGUAGCUAUGGCUACCAGCGCGAGCCGUCGGCGGAGCCCGCGCGGCCGGUGGCCAAGAUCAACAGCAUCAAGCUGCAGCCAGAGCAGGCGGCCGCCAUUGCCGCCGCAGUCUCCUCCUCGCGUCAGCUCCAGCUCCAACUCCAACAGCAGCAGCAGCAGCAGCAGCAGCAGGUCGCCCAGCAACAGCAACAGCAGCUCCAGCAGCCCCAUAAGCCGGCCCAGCAUAAUGGCUCCGGGGAGCGCAGCCCGCUGGGGGACGUGGCGCUCGCGCAGCAGCAGCAGCCCACCAGAGCUCCAGGCCAGGGCCAGGGCCAGGGGCCGAGCCAGACUCACACCCAGCAGCAGCAGCCGCCGCCGGGCCACGAGCCGGAGAGGAACCUGCAGAGGACCAACUCCAUGCAGCAGCUGGAGCAGUGGGUGAGGGCCCACCCAAGGGUGCGGCCCGGUGAAGACGACACCAGGAGCAUAACCUCCUAUCAGACGCUGCCGAGAAACAUGCCCAGCCAUCGGGCGCAGGUGUUGCCGCGCUACCCGGAGGGCUACCGGACACUGCCACGCAACAGUGGCACAGCUCGGCCUGGAAGCGUGUGUGGCUACCCCACCUCGGCCUACGAGCGCGGAGGCAGCGGCAGCAGCAGCGGCGGCAGUGGCGGCGGCUCCCAUCAUCACACCCUCACCACGGCGACGGCGUCAGAGAAGCGGCGCUCCAUGCGGGACGACACCAUGUGGCAGCUGUACGAGUGGCAGCAGCGGCAGGUGAUGAGCCAGCGGCAGGCCUACGCCACGCUGCCCAGCCCGCGCACCAUGGCCGACAUCGCCGAGCAUGUGGCGGCGGCGGCGGUCCCUGGCGCCCGCGGCAGCAUCGCCCAGUCCAUCCCGCCCUCUCCUUCGCACGCUUCAAUGGGCGGAGGCCUCUACCACACCUACUCACCGCGCCGCUCCUCACACAACCACGCCACACGCUCCGAGCUGUCCUCGCCUAUCUACCGCGGUGACCUGAGCAUUGACCGGCGGCACAGAGCCCACCCCAACAAGUAUGCCUACCCCACUGACCGGAGGUCCGUGCCCAUGGGAAUGCCAGUCCAGAGCAUCACCCCCCAGUCACUCCAGGGCAAGACGCCUGAGGAGCUGACCCUGCUGCUGAUCAAACUGCGGCGGCAGCAGGCCGAGCUCACCAGCCUCCGGGAGCACGCGCUAGCGCAGCUUAUGCAACUAAACCUCGACGCCGACAACCCAAAGAGUGAUAUUCUCUCCCAUCACCUCCAGAGGAAUCUCAUGUAUUUGGAUGGCCAGAUGAAGGAGAAUGAGCCUUUAAUCUUCAUGAUACACACUAUGAUUGAGAACUCCGCGCCAAGGCCUCAGCUGUACCAGCAACUGAGUCCAGAAGACUACCGAGAUGGCUCCUACACAUACAGACCAGGAGAGCUGGACGUGGACACGAAGCUCAGUAGGUUGUGUGAACAAGACAAGGUGGUGCGAACCCAAGAGGAUAAACUGCAGCAGCUCCACAGAGAGAAGCACACACUGGAGACGGCGCUUCUGUCGGCAAGCCAGGAGAUCGAGAUGAGCGCCGACAACCCAGCGGCCGUGCAGAGCGUCAUCCAGCAGAGAGACGUCCUGCAGAGCGGCUUGCUCAGCACCUGCCGCGAGCUCACCCGCGUCACCACGCACUGUGUGCUGCUGUGUCCCCAGGAGCUGGAGCGGGCCUGGAGGGAUCACGACCGGCUGGAAGCCGACGUCACCACAGCCAAGACCAACCUGCUGGAGAGACUGGAGGCUCUGGGCAGCCCACAGACUGAGCCCCCAAGCCAGCAGCAUGUGCAGAUCCAGAAGGAGCUAUGGCGGAUCCAGGAUGUGAUGGAGGCUUUGAGCAAAAACAAGCCACAAAGAAGCGUCGACACCAGCUUCCCUGGUACAAAAUCAGUAACAAAUGUACACAAAAAUGAGGAGGUAGACCCUGUGCCCCCUCGACCCCCUCUCCCUCACUCCUACGAGAGCAGCGACUGCUCGCCCGCCGUGCCACCUGUGGCACCCUCCACUGGCUCCGGCACGGGCGCCGGCUCCAGCCAAGGGCACCUGCCCCGGCCUCUCCAGCACCAGAGGAACGGCACCCAGAGCGGCCCCGACUACCGCCUGUAUAAGAGCGAGCCGGAGCUCACCACCGUGGCCGAGGUGGACGAGUCCAACGGAGAGGACAAGACAGCCGAGCAGGCUGUAGAGAAAGAAUCUGCCAGUGCUAAAGGAAUGCCCUAUCCGGUAGGCAUCGUGCCUCCCAGAGCAAAGUCGCCCAUAACCGAGUCCUCCAGCAUUGCGUCCUAUGUCACUUUAAGGAAGAGCAAAAAGCCUGACUCCAGAACAGAGCGCCCCCGUAGCGCGGUGGAGCAAAGCGGCUGCGGCACGCUGGAGGGUGUGCGUCCCCGCAUGAGCGUGGAGGAACAGAUGGAGCGCAUCAGGAGGCACCAGCAGGCCUCGCUCCGCCGCCGAGACUCCAGUGGGGGGGCUCAGGAGAGUUCGCUGUCCCGCAGCUCCUCCUUCAACAGGGAGCAGAUCUCCAUCAACCCCUACUAUACCCUGCAGAGCUCCAAGCGGGGAGAUGCAGUGUCCCCAGACAGACAAAGGUUGGAGGCUUCGCUCCAGGCUCUGGAGCAGGAGAUGCUGGAGAGAGCGUCAGCCAUGCUGAACACGCCAUCCAGCCAAGUCCCCCAGCCUCCCAAACCCCCCACACAGGAGGUGUUGGCUACAGAAGAGCGGAUGAAUUCCCCUCCUGUGGAGCAGAGUAGCCCCAAAGUUGAAGAGAAACAAAGGAAGGAGGAGGAGGAGGAGGAGGGGAAAGAGGAGGAGCAGGAGAGGCAGAGGAGAGAGGAGCAGAUCCUAAUGCUGGGUUCUCAAAACAGCCUGCAGACUGCUGUGAUGGUCAGGGUGGGCACCGAGGAAGACGACGACGAAGAAGAAGAGGAGCAGGAGAAGGUGAAAGAUGAAGAGAGGAAGAACAAUGAAGAAAAAGAACAAACUUCUGAGAAGCCCCAUCAGGAGCUGGAAGUUGAGGCCGAGCAGGGCACAAUAAUCAACUACUCCUACGAGCUGCCAGAUGAAACGAACAAACACAACCAGGUGGUGUCAGUGAACAACCUUUCCACUCCGCCGCAGUCCCCAGCUUCCACUCCAACACCGUCGUCUCCAUCGCCCCCAUCUCCUCCGCAGGUCGCCGACGGCUCCCACUUCAUGUGUGUCUAGUGCCAACACAGCUGAGACCUGGGCAUCUGUGAACAGCCACACGUGAGAGAGUCGCGGAGAGAGAGAGAUAGAGAGAGAGGGGCAGCGAUGCAACUCGACUCCACUCAAGAUGGCGGCCCGCGGCACCGCACGGCAGCUCCAGAUGCCUCGCGCUCAGUUCCCGCCGCUGCACCGUCGCAGCCAAGGCCUGAUCACAUAGAUCAACAUAUCAACACGCUGGACCCCCACACUCCCCUGUCCUACCACAUAAAAAAGUGUUGCCAAUAUUAUCAUCCUCAUCACAGAUUAUUAUUAUUAUUAUUAUUAUUAUUAUUAUUAUUAGGACAGAGUUGUAUUGUGUGUUUGGGUGGGUAUUUGUGUGUGUGUGUUUGAUAAGCAUGAGGUGCCUGUGGGCUGUUCGGUGGUGCGGUGAGGAUGUGAGGCCUGCGCAGCUGAGUACAGGAGCACCUGCGCUCCUUUUCCAUGCUCGAGGGUGAGGUCUUCAGGCGAGGGAGAGAGAGAGGGAGGGAGGGAGAGAGAGAGGGGGGGGGGGAGGUGUUCGCACAUGGUCAUGUGUACAAACACACAAACACACAUGUGUUCGAGUGCACGUUUAAUGUGCUUUCCGUGCAUACAGACACAGGUGCACACACUUGUAGGAAACAAACAAUACGUAAAACCCAAAACAUCUACACAUCAACAGAUAACACCCUGUUUAUCUCUCUCUCCCUCUCCCUCUCUAUCUCUCUCUCUCUCUCUCCCUCUCCCUCUCUAUCUCUCUCUCUCUCUCUUUCUCUCUCUCUCUCUAUCUCUCUCUCCCUCUCCCUCUCAAUCUCUCUCUCUCUCUCUCUCUCUCCCUCUCCCUCUCUAUCUCUCUCUCUCUCUCUCUAUCUCUCUAUCUCUCUCUUUCUUUUACAUGCACUCAUACUCACAUGCACAUGCACGCACAUGCUGCAUACACUUUUAACUCAUGCUGUGCCCAAGCCAUGCAAGUGUUAUUCAUUCAAUUCAGGGUUACUCACCGUCUGUGUGUUUUUAAAAAAAGAUAUAAAGAAAACUGUCUCAUUUUGCUUUUUACCAGUGUUGACAUUAAACAUCAUAGAUGCAUUUUCUUUCUUACAUCUUUUGCACUGUGUAACACCUUGUUGUUUUGUAGUAAAAGAAGUUUGUGUUCAAACUGUUUAUAUAUAGCUAUAUAAAUAGAACAUGUAUUAACAAUACAUUCAGCAAGGUGCCACUUUACUGCUGCAGAUGGACAUUUGAAUAUUUUAUUGGGUUUGUAAUUAUUUAUAAAGUCGGAUAGUCCACAGCCCCUGCCACACUGUUGCCGACACACACAUGAAUGUUCUGGCUUCUGUAUUUUAUUUUUAAUAAGGCUGAGAUAUAUUUAAAACAGAGAGAAGAUUAAAAGAGUAUUAAAAGAUUUUUAAAUGGAUUUAGUCUUGCACCCCUUGGGCUUGUAAGACAUAUAGAGGACAAAUAGCACAUGUAGAGAAAAAAAGCAAUAAGGAUUCUGACGUUGACAUUUCUGUAAAAAAAUGUAUAGACCAUUGUGUAUAUAGUGUACACCAUACUAUGACCAGAGCAGAGAUCAAAAGAAAAUAACUAUUAAGAAGUUAUACUUAUUAGAGUCAAUAUGCAAAUGUUCAUAUCUCAUCUGUUUUAUAUCAUGUGAAAUAAAUGUUGAUGUUCCUA